AUGCCAGGCGCUCCAGAGGGGGCGAACGACGUCGUGCACGCGCACGCGCGUGCCAAUGCGUCGCUUCUGCACCUGGUCGUGCGCCAUAUCAAUAUUGUGACGUCCGCGAUGCGGACUAGUCCACGCUGGUCCCAAGCGUCCAGCACGUCGCAUCUCAGUUCAGCGACGACAAGCACUUCGGCGCUCAGCCUCACGCGCGCAGCGUAUGUGCUAGCCAGUGCAGAUGUAUCCAAAGCAUCGGCACCGAUCGAGGAAAGUGGCAAUGAGCCUGCCAGUGUCGGCCUGUUGGGCGGCUUUACGGUACUGCGUGCACAGUUGCGGAUGGUCGACGAUGUGUCACGAAUUCCUCUUACGUCGUUGCUAAGCCACUUUAUUAGCGUGAUUCUAAGCGCACGAACCUCGGGCGCUGUAACGCAGGUCGCGUUAGAAGCACUCACAUCGUUCUUGGAGCAUGGCUUGUGUCGUACCUCGUCGCCCGACUUGGACCGUGCUGUCCAGGAAAUGGCGCAUGCGGCUAGUCACUGCCGUUUCGAGCCCUCAGAAGCGGGACGUGAUGAGGUGGUGCUGCUCUCGAUUCUCGAUGUGAUGUUUGCGCUCGUGUGUGGCCACGCCACGAACGACGACGGCUCACAAGGGACGCCUCUGGUCGAUCUACUGGGUGAUGAAGGCGUAUGUGAGUUGAUGGAGACAUGUCUAAGCAUGUGCUGCCAGACUCGUCUGAGUACGGCCUUGCGUCGGACGGCGGAGCAAAAAAUGCUACGUAUGAUGCGUGUGAUUUUUGCGCGUCUGGAUACCAUGCCUUUGGAGAUUGAUGAGGCGUACGCUGCCAGUGGCCAGCGUGCACAAGAGCCCGAGCUUGCAACACUCACGGCGGAGCCCGUGGGCGCGGAUGCCGAGGACGAUCGACGUCUACGUAUGGCGAUGCCCGACCCCAAGAGCCAGCAAAUUCCUGCAGCCGGGAGUGUAGAGACGCCGGAAGAGCAAGAGAACAACGAAGAGGAGGAGGAGAAGACCGAGGCGGAGGCUGAGACAGCGCCGGUGGUCGAAGAGCCAGCCGAAAUGCCGAUGGCCCCAGCCGUUACAGCCACGCCGCCGACAACCAAAGAGACACCGCCGACGGCCGCACCACCGCGACCAAUGGCUCACCGUCUCGGCUCGAUGGACGAGACGCUGCCCACAAUGGAGGCGACACAGCCGCCCUUUUCUUUGCCGGCUGUGCGUGAAGUGCUGCGUGUCGUGAUCUCCCUGUUGGAUCCCGGCAGUGUACGUCAUACGAUGACGAUGCGUAUUCUCGGCCUGUCACUCUUGAAUGGCGUCCUGGAUACACACUGUGCCUCAUUGGCACGUUUUCCCACGCUGCGAGCGCUCUUGGAAGACUCGGCAUGCCGCUACCUCUUCCAAUUGGCCAAUGCCGAACAGCCUGGCAUUGUGGCCGGCAGUUUGCGUGUGAUUACGCUCCUCUUCGAUCGUCUGCACACACAUCUGAAACGGCAACAAGAACUCUGGCUCCAGUUCCUCCUGCAGCAACUGCGUCCCAGCCUGCCGUGGGCCGAUGCGCCAUGGUCGGACGAUCCGACUCGCGCGGCGCCGCCGCCGCCCUUGACAUCCUUCCACUCGGCGGCGACAGGGGAAAUGCGCGAACUGUUUAUUGAGGCGCUCAGCAGCCAUCUAAGCAGUAUGGAGGGCGAGGCGGAUGUGUUUGUCUCGCUUUGGCGCAACUAUGAUUGCGACUUGGACUGCUCGGAUGUCUACGAUGAGCUUACUCGGUUCUUGGCGCGUGCGAUCUUCGCGCAGCCUGCCGCGGGCGUACAUGCGGCGCCACGCACGACCAUGUCAGGCAUGCAGCUUGUAGCCCUGGACGCGGUCCUGUGCUUUGUCGCACGUAUGACAGCGCGGUGGCAGGCACAGCCCUCGAUCACAACCACCCCGGAUGUGGAAGCCAUGCGUACACAGCGCCAACGGAAACGACUCUUGGCCGAUGGCGCUGCAGCCUUCAACCACAAGCCCAAAGACGGCAUUGCGUUUUUGGAGCGCGAGCAUGUUUUAGCGGCCAGGGAGCCGGAGCGUGCAAAGACGCUGGCGCGCUUCCUUAAAGACUCGGCGUUGGUCGAUAAGCGUUUGCUGGGUGAUUACUUGUCGCGCGCCGAAAAUCGAGCUGUCCUUACAGCCUUCCUCGAUUUGUUCGACUUUUCCGAAUGCGACGUGGCGGAAGCGAUGCGAGCGCUUUGUGAGGCGUUCCGUCUCCCUGGCGAGGCGCAACAAAUUGCACGGAUCACCGAGACGUUUGCGCACAAAUACUUUAUGACCAAACCUGCGGGUAUUCGCAGUGAAGAUGCCGUGUACGUGCUAGCGUACAGCAUUAUUAUGCUCAAUACCGACCUGCACAACCCCCAAGUGACGCGGCGUAUGACAAUUGCAGACUACCAACGCAACUUGCGUGGCGUGAACGAUGGCCAGGACUUUGACCCCGAGUACCUCGCCGGGAUUUACGAUGGGAUCCGCCGUCGUGAGAUUGUCAUGCCGGAAGAGCAUGCAGGGCAGCUUGGGUUUGACUAUACAUGGAAAGAGCUGCUCCGUCGCGCUCGGGCAGGCAAUCAGCUGGUCGCCACCACAGGCGCAGCGUGGGAUCGUGAUUUGUUCCGCCACAGCUGGCAACCGUUUGUCGCGAGCAUUGUGCACGCCUUCUCGCUCCUCCAGGACGAGCAUGUGCUCCAGCGUGUGAUUGCCGGGUACCGUCAGUGUGCCGUCCUCGCGCUGGCGUUCGAGGUACCUGCCGUGCUUGAUUUCCUGGUCGAGCACCUCGCCAAGUACACUGGUCUCUUGGACGAGGCCCUUGCACGUGAUCGUACGCCGCUGACGACGGUACGACACGACCAGAUGGAGAUCACAGUGUCUUCGCUGUCCACGUCGUUCGGCCAGCAGUUUAAACAGCAGCUAGCGGCCGUCGUCGUGUUCACGAUGGCGCAUAGCCAUGGCGAGGCGCUGCGUACGUGCUGGCCCCAGCUGCUUACGUGCGUGGAGAGUUUGCUGUGCUAUGGCCUCUUGCCCUCGUCCACAGCGUCCAUGCAGGCGUAUGGCGCUCGUGUCCCGAUUCCCCUCGAAGGCAAGAGUGCAGGUAUGGGAAGCGCCACUGCCGCAGGCGCGGCACAGAGCAGUGGUGGCGGACUUUUCUCGACCUUGUCCAGCUACUUUUUGUCGCCGUCCGGUACGGCCUCGGACGUGCGGGACGUGUCGUCAAACGAUCGCGAGAGCACGCUAUGCACCUUGGAUUGCCUUGCGUCGUGUCAGCUGGAGAACUGGACGGCGCAGCGCAGUGCGAUGGGUGAAGAGGCACUGCAUGCCUACCUUGAUGCCGUCCAGCACCGCCUAACAGAGGCCAUGGAACGUGCGUCGCCUAGCUACUCUCCUACGCCGCUCUUUUGGCUGGACCAGUGGGUUGAGACUUUAUGGAAGCAGCCGAGUUUGCUGGCGCGGUACGGGGACGAAGCUCUGAAAGCACAUACCACGCGCAUUGAAAGCGCUACGCGCCUACCUCCCCUGGAAGUCGAGCGUGCUGUGGCCGGCGCAAUGCGUCUUGUGCAUCUGCAAGCGCAACACGGCGCCUCGAUGCAGGCAGCCCUGGAACAAGUGCUGCAUGCGUUGCGCCGUGUACCCAGCGCCCUUCAUCCCACCGUCGCUGCACCGUUCCUUGAUGGCCUCGCCAUGUUGGCCUCGACGUCAGCGUGGUCGAUGGAUGCGAACGAUGAGGGGCGCACAAUCCUGCACCUGCUCACGACACUAGCGCGUGUACGCCGAGCGGAGACGGCGCGGGCGGCACUGCAGCUGGCCAUGCUAUGGCUGCCGCAUGCAACACCCGUGACGUUCGCUCCGCUCAUGGAGUUGGUUCGCUCGAUCAUCUCCGAAGCCGAUCGCGCGCUGUGGCUAGGCGAGGAAGGUGCGCCACGUCGCACGCUCACCGAGAAACGCGAGCGAAGUGACUGGAUCGCCGCCGUGCAUGCACAUAGUGCACAAGCCCUCGCCGCCCUGGCUCAAACACGCGCUUUGAUUCCAAGCUUGCAAGCAGCCUCGCCUGAUCCGCCUGCAUCAUGGCCCGAGUAUUGGCUGCCGCUCAUUGCGGCAUUGGCCCAGCCCUGUGUUAGUGUUCAUCGCGCGACGCGGGCAGCGGCCGUUCAGUAUUUGCCGAGUGUCGUGUUGGCGCCGGAGAUGGCGACCGGCCCAGCCAAGAUGAGUGUGCAUUUGGAUGCGAUGUACGGCAACAUUCUGCUACCGUUGCUGGAGAGUCUCUUGUCACCGGAAACGGCCAAAGCGGAUGCCUCAGCCAAUGCCCAAGCUGACGCAGCGACGCCUGGACCGCCUGGCACAUCGCUUGCAGAAAGCCGAUCGCUGGUGUGCCUGCUCAUCUGCAAGGCCUGGGUCCGCGACGUGGGAGCGCUCAUGGAAGGCGUCCCGAACGAUCUGGACGCUGCACCUGCUACGCGCGUAUUGCGUUUGUGGAAGAGCAUCGUGACCACGACAGCAAAACUCCUGCACACUAACGCACUUCCGCACCAAGAAGCGCUGGACGAGCAGCUAAAAAACAUGAUUUUGGUCAUGCAUGCCUCGGGUCACCUCAAGGAAGGGCCGCCGGGCACGCUGCACCGGGCGUUGUGGGUCGAGACGUGGCGUACGCUCGAUGCCGUUCGACCGCACUUGCGCCCCAUGCUUGCAGAGAACGUGACGGUCCCCGCCGAGACGACCACCUGA